UUAAUCGUAUUACAGCCGUUGGAUCCAUCUACCGGCUUGAGAUCCAAGUCUGGAGUAACGUGGGACGCAAACACAGAGUAAACUUCCUCAAUUAUAAACCCUUUUUAUAAUUUAUUUCUGGCCUCAUAAUCGAUGAAUUACUCCUCGAUUUUGGAUAAAGGCAUAAAAUUUGGUGAGGUUUUUCCUAUUAUCGGCUGCCAAAAAAACCAACCGAGCCACCACUCACCAGCUGUUAACAGAGUUCCGAUCAGAGUAGUCAACCUCUUCUGCCUCUUCGCCUUCACCCUCGUCUUCUCCGCUCGCGUGCCUCGGCUUGGUUUCCACAAGGUGCAGGAAGGGAUGGCUAAGAGUUGCUUCAAGCAAGAACAUGAUCAUGAGAAGAGAAAAGCCGAGGCUGCCAGGAUUAGGGAGAAAUACCCAGAUAGAAUUCCGGUCAUUGUAGAGAAGGCAGAGAGAAGCGAAAUACCAAACAUAGAUAAGAAAAACAGGUACCUUGUCCCAGCUGACUUGACUGUUGGACAGUUUGUUUAUGUUAUCCGAAAGAGAAUCAAAUUGAGCGCUGAGAAGGCAAUCUUUAUAUUCGUCGACAAUGUCCUCCCACCAACCGGUGCCAUCAUGUCUUCAAUAUAUGAAGAGAAGAAGGAUGAAGACGGGUUUCUGUACGUCACUUACAGCGGCGAGAACACUUUUGGGACGAAGAUUCAGCAUUAGAGCCGUCCCAAAUUGCUGCGGAGCCUCCAUAAGUUCCCCUGUUUAUCUAUCAAGCUCGUUGGUGGGAGACACUUGUGCUGUGCAUAGGGUAUAUUAUAUAUCUUGUAUAGAAACUUCCCAGAACUUGUCUAUCUAGUUAAUUAUUCAAGUUGGAAAAUGACUUGGCCUUCUGCCUGGCGUUGGCGUAACAAUUUAUCAAUAAAUCAAGGUAGAGCUGAAGUGCCUUCUGUGUUUGUUUCAGUUUUGCGCAAAACAAACAAAUCGUUUAUGACUAUUCUGUACUGUUUAGUUUUCGUCCCUAACUAGUGGAAGCCCAACUGACCUCGCCCAGCCCGGUCAUAAGUUAACUCUGAAGCAUAUUUCUUGUGUCCCUUUCCGCGGUAUAUUCUCUUUUCUCCAAGCAUAACUAGUUAACUACUAGCAUCUCGAGUCUUGACUCCUAAGUCCUAC